AUUAGGGAUGUGGAGGAACAAUACAAUGGUAAUUCUUAUUACCUCGCCGAAGAAGACAAGACGUGCCGAUGUAAGUCGUGGACCCUCGAGCUAGCAGCACAGGCCCUAUCACACGCGAACCCGAAAAGGGAGGACGCGACAAGAGACUGAGCGGUUUACACCUAGCUUGUGCGCCAGGUCGAGACUGACUGUGCCGGGCGAGGGCGCGGUUGGUCAGUUGUUCACCUGAGUUUGUGUUCGCUUGCGGGAGACGAGGAGCAAAACCCGAGAGUUUCGGUUUGCUUCUUAUGCGUUCUGUGACUGUGCACCCCCGGUGAGGGCCAAGUAGGAUGACUGGAAGAGGUACGAGUGUUGUAGUCAUUUUCGUACGGCGUAGGCCUGCAUUCGGGGGGUAAGAGUGUGCCCUGAGUUUCCUUCUUGAGUCGCGCUGUGACUCGUCUUGACAAGGUCAUUGUUGAGCAUGUGCCUACCGAUCGGUCAAGUAUUAGCGUAGAAGCAUCCUAGUCAUCUCUCCGGCCAUAAGAAACAGAUAAAAGGGCGUUACGGGGUUAGGGGAGAUCUCUCAACAACCCUUCAACGCCCUCUCCCUCACAGCAACGGUCGCCCUCGUCGAACAGGUCAUCGCCUCACGUGUUCCGACCUCGUUCACAACCUCGUUACAUCACUCACAGUGAGCCCUUAUCAACCCCAGCGCCCUCUCCCUCGUCGCGUCCCCCGGUACUCACAAUGGCCUACACUUACCACCCCCACCCCUGGGGCCCCUUUCCCCGUCCCCUCGUUUCUCCCCAGGGGGCAACACUCGUCCAGCCUGCUCCUGUCGCUCCCGCCCCCGGCCCCAUCCCCACUGGCAAGGCUCCCUCGAAUGGCGCGUACGCCCUCAACCUCGCACUCCGCCAUGCACCCGAAGCCCACGCCCUCACCCCCGGCCCCACACCUGCUCCCGCACCCGCUCUUGCAUCCCCCUUCAUCCAGGUCCAGCAUCCUCCCUACGAGCAUAGACAUGUCCGCUUCGCCCCCCCGGAACCCCCAGUCCCCCAACCUGCACCCGUACCUGUGUACUUCAGUCCCCGCCCCCUAACCGGGCCUGAGCUGCAGACCUUGGUCCCCGAAACGCUCUUCCGCACGCCUCCUAAGACCUCCCCCCAGUCAAACAGAUGUUGGUCUCUCGCCUCUUCCCCGGCUUUCCCCACCCAUCCCCUCCCCAUUCACUCCGCGCAGUCCGCGAUUAGAGUCGUAUUCGGCGACUUCCAGCGCACGCUGGGGCACGAGGACCCGCACCCUGACUUCCGCCUCUGCUCACGGCACGCAGUCGACUGGCGUGGGAAAGGCUAUGACACCGCGGAACAGCUCUUCCAUUCCUUGAAAUUCGACGAUAAUGCACACAACGCGCCUAUUCUUAAGCUCAUCGCGGACAGCGCGAACCCCAAGGUGGAAUCGGAGAAGUACCGCAGGUUCUGGCGCCCCAACUGGGAGCUGGAGAAAGAGAGGAUCAUGUUUGACAUCAUUCGCCAUAAGAUGGCACAGCAUCCUCCUCUCGAAAAAGAAUUGCUCGCGACUGGCAACGUAGAGCUCUACGAUGGCGACACAGACGACAACAACCUCCUUGGUAGGGCUCUCAUGGCCCACCGGGCAGAGAUGGCCUUGCAAUGGCGCCUCUGACCUUGCCACCACAUCUACCCAAUUUGAACAUUGAUCUUCCUCUUCCUGGUACCGUGUAACGAUCUUCUGUAGUACCGUACUGUACUUCCAUUAACGACUCGACCGAUGUUCGAGAACUCCACUCACCAUUGUAACCUUUAGUAAUCCUCCUGUCUCAUUGUACGUAAC